AUGGCUACCCUCGAAUCAAUACCACGCUUCCUCCUCCCGCGGGGGCAUCUCCUCCUGCGAGUGAAACCCCGCGCAUUCGCUCAACUCCCCGCUCCAGCCACCCACCGCCGCCAUGCCUCGUCCAUUUCACCAAAAGGCCUCUCCGAAGAGUUUCGAAGACGGCGAGAGGCACAGCAGGCCAGAGGCACGCCCGUGAUACCCCAGCCCGAUAAAUACCGUCCGCCCUCGCACAGCAAACGCGCGCCCAAUCGCCAAUUGGAGAACAGAGUCUAUGGAGCGCCUUUGUCCGAGGAAGACCGCAAGCGCAUGGCAACCAAAAAAUACCCCAAUAUGAUGAGUCCCGAGGGCACCUUUUCGCAUUGGUUUCUGCAUAACCGCGCAAUUCAUCUGUGGAUCACAAUGGGCAUUCUCGUUUCUCUCGCAAUAGCAGCAUGGUACAUGGAUUUUAUCUCCAAGACCAGUUUCGCCCAUUUACUCCCUACCCGCAAAGACUUUAUGCGCCACCCUAUCGAGUCAUCCUCACGCUUCGUGGAGGUCUACAAGAUGCAUAUGGAGCAUACGUCGCAGAUGUAUCAGCAGCAGCGGCUGAAGAAGGCAGAGGAGAUUGAGAAGAGGAAACAGUACAGGCUCGAGAGGCAGAGAGAGGCAGAGGAGAAGGGCGAGGAGUAUGUUGAGGACCCGAGGUAUUAUGUGGGUGAGGAUGGUAUUCGUAGGAGGAGGGUCAAGAGGUGGUUUGGUAUCUGGGAGUGA